AUGGUGAUCCCCAGUCUCCCAUGGGAAUUGGAAUCAGAAAUACUUUCUAGGGUUCCUCCCACAUCUGUAAAGCAGUUGCGAUUCACUUGUAAACGAUGGAACGCUUUAUUCAAAGAUUACAAAUUUAUCAAGAAUCACUUGUGCAAAGCAGCAACACAGAUGGUCUUAAAGAAAGAUAAAUCGGUUUAUUCAUUCAGUUUUGAUUUCCAUGGAAUCCACAAUAGGUAUGAUCAAUUGAUUACGUUUACAGGAAAACUUCUGAGCUUAAAGGAUUCAGAAGAUGUCGAGAUAUAUAAAACCUUUCACUGUGAAGGUUUAUUGUUAUGCACGACCAAAGACAAUAGACUUGUGGUUUGGAACCCUUGUACUGGUCAAACCAGGUGGAUCCAAUCAAGGCUACCUAUUAACAGUUACACCGAGUACCAAACGUGUUUUCUAGGAUACGGAAACAAGAACAAAUCAUGUUAUAGCUUCAAAAUCUUGAGGUUUACCGAUUAUUAUCACCAGACAGAGAGAGUUGGUAAGUUUGAAAUAUCAGAGUUUAACUCUGAUUCAUGGAAAUUUUUUCAUGACAAUGUUAUUAAUCGGGGAAGAAUAUCAUCUCUUGGAGUGUCUUUAAAGGGAAAUACCUACUGGUUAGGUUCAGAUGAUGAAGACUUAAAAGGAAAUAGUUACUGGUUAGAUUCAGAUGUCUUCAAUCCCGAGUCAGAGCACUAUCUGGUUAAUUUUAUUCUCAGAUUUGAUUUCACAACAGAGAGAUUUGAACGUCUGUCUCUUCCUUCUCAGAGUGAUGAUUCUGAAGCGGGUGAAGUUAUAUCCCACUGGGUUCUAUCAGUUGUCAGAGAAGAGAAACUUGCCUUGUUAUCUCAGAACUUUGUUUAUUAUAGUCCAUUAGAGAUGAAGAUAUGGAUGACCAAUACUAAGGCUGAUGAGGUCAAAGAUUUGUCUGUCCGCUUUGUUUCGUGGAGCAAAUUCUUAGUAGUGGAUUUGAGUAAUAUAUAUCUUAUGAUGAGGGUGGUGAGUUUUUUGGUGGACGAGGAGAAUGAAAAGGUCAUGUGUUGUCAUCAAGAGGAUGACGAUCAAGAGAGUACCAGAAUAUACGUUGCUGGACAAGAUAUAUAUAAACCAGUCUAUAGUGAUUUUAAGGAAACUCACUAUGACAGGAGAAGGAAACCCCUUAGUCCACUUCUCCUCAGUUAUGUUCCGAGUUUGGUCCAAAUUCCGGCAAAGCAAAGAAUAUAUGAUCCAUUUUAA